GUCUUCGUCUCUGCAUCAACUACCGCGGUCUCAACCGCUACAUGGUUAAGAACAACUGCCCCAUGCCUCGCUCCGAUGAGAUGUUCGACCGCCUAGCAGGCAACCGCUUCUUUACGAAGAUUGAUCUUCGUAGCGGUUACCAUCAGAUCCGCGUCGCUGCAGCCGACCAGCCGAAGACCGCGUUCCGAUCGCUCUUGGGCCACUACGAGUUUACGGUGAUGCCAUUCGGCCUCGCCAACGCACCCGCUACCUUCCAGAGGGCGAUGAGCGACAUCUUCAGGGACAUCCUAGAGCAAUACGUUCUCGUCUACCUCGACAACAUCCUGGUCUACAGUCGUACCCUUGAGGAGCACCUCAGACACCUCCGCGACGUCCUUGACCGCUUGCGCAGACAUGGCUUCUACGCCAAGCUGAGCAAGUGCCGCUUUGCCCAGCACAAAGUGGAUUUCUUAGGACACUGCAUGUCUGACCAGGGUCUCCACAUGGACGACGCGAAGAUCACUGCUAUUGCGGAGUGGCCCGCCCCCACAUCCGCCAAGCAGCUUCGCAGCUUCCUAGGCCUGACCAGCUACUAUAGUGAUUGUCCGAUAGCCUUCUACUCCCGUCAGCUCCUGCCCGCCGAGAUAAACUACACCGCUGAUGAACGUGAGGUUCUCGCAGUAGUUUAUGCCGCUCGGCACUGGCGUCACUACCUGCACGGGGCACCAUUCACAUUGCGCACGGACAACUCUGUUGUCCAGGCUUUUCUGACAAARCCGAAGCUCACUCCUCGACAGACUCGCUGGUGGCGCGACCUAUCCGAGUUUAGUUUCACCACUGAGCACAUCAAGGGUGAGACUAAUCGGGUUGCAGAUGCCUUAUCCCGGCGCCCUUACCACGACCAGGAGCAGAUCCAGCUCUCUUUCAUCUCGGUCACCACUGUUUACCACUCGGUGAUCGACGAGUUUCGCACUCAGUACCGCCACUGCCCCGAUUAUUGCAACAUCCACGCGACCCUUCGGAGUGGCAAGACCGUCCCGAACUACUCUCUCGGGGACAACGGUCUUGUGUACUGGCACGGUUCACAGGGCACCAGAGCGCCCCGUAUUUGCGUUCCCUCCACUGGACAGCUAUGUGUCCGAGAAGUUGCAGAGUUUCAUGAUCAGGCAACCGCCGGUCAUAUGGGCUUCCACAAGAGGUUGGCUCGUGUGAGCCACCUGUACGUCUGGCCGAAGCGCAAGGACUUUGUGAAGGACUACGUCGCAGAGUGUCCCACCUGUCAGGAGGUGAACAGUGCGAACCACCUGCCUUAUGGUUUGCUCCAGCCUCUUAUUAUCCCUGAGGGUCGUUGGCAGUCCAUCUCGAUGGACUUUAUCGGUCCUCUUCGUCCUCCGACCCCUCGCGGUCAUGAUGCUAUCCUGGUCGUAGUCGACCGUUUCACGAAGCGUGCACGCUUUGUUCCGUGCCGCUAUGCCAUCAGUGCACGUGAGGUCGCGGACAUCGUGUUUGACCGAGUUGUGCAUGACCACGACUUACCUCUGAGCAUCAUAUCUGACCGUGACCCGCGCUUUACCUCCCGAUUCUGGCGACGGCUCCACGAGGUGUACGGCACUCAGCUCCGCUUCUCCUCGUCUUACCAUCCUCAGACUGAUGGUCAGACCGAGAUCACGAACAGGACUCUCGAAGAUAUUCUCCGAAAGAUUGUUCGUGAUGACCAGCAGUGGGAUCUCCAUCUUGCCCACGCGGAGAUAGCCUACAACCACGCCGUCUUGCCAGCCACGGGGAUGUCGCCUUACUAUUGCGACCUCGGCUAUCACCCUUGUGUUCCCGCGGACUUCCUUCGACCGUCACAAAUGCACCCCGACACGAGUUGUCCCGCGCUGGAUGAUUGGGUUGCACAUAUGACGUCGAUCAUGAAGAUCGCACAUGAGCUCUUAGCCGCUUCCCAGACUCGCAUGGCAGCACGUGCGAACCGAUCGAGGAUGGAUCAUCCAUUCAAAGUCGGUGAUGAUGUGCUGAUCGACGCCCACCGCUUACAGCUCGAAGCGGACACGCUUCGCAAGUUUCGGUGUCACUUCUUUGGACCAUGCCGCAUCCUCUAGACCGUCGGUUCUGAUACAACAUUUAGCCCGGUCAGCUUCCGUGUGAAGCUGCCAGACUAC